AUGAGGGUGAUGUCGGAUAUACAGAAGUCGGUUGAAGGAGGUCUAAUCGGUCCGACUGAGAUUCCCGACAUCCGAGAUAUUUUUGAUUUGUUGCUUACUUUGACACUCAUGCGGCAUGCCAGACCGUUAAUAUCUGAUGAGAUAUAUGAAAAUACCAAUACAAAGCUCGUACGGCAACACCCCGGCUCCACACCGGUUCCUGAGCCGCGGGUCCGCAUUCCUCCUCUCGAUCUCCUUCUCGACCCGCCCGAUCUCUGCCGAGAACUCAUAAAACGCCUCGACCGCCUCAGAAUCUCCCGACCAAAUCGACCCGUGCUGCCGCUCCCCGAUAUACUCCUCGUCGGGCGAGUGGGUCGACAGCGUGUCGACCACCGCCAUGAAUUUGGUCGCCUGCAAGAGGCUCGGGAGCGAGCUAAAGAAGUACUUUUGCGGGUCACGCACGAACCCCUCGUGCUCCGGGUCGGAUUCUCCGGGCAGGAGCCGACGCACGAGGGGCGGGCGGUUUGGCACGUAGCCUCCGUAAGGGUACUGCCCGAAGUUGAGGGCCGCGUGCUGGGCGGACGCGAGCCAGACGAGGGUCGUGAGGACGGACGCUAG